AUGAGGAGCGCGCGCUUGGCCACCGACAUGCUCACCUACAUCGGCCAAUUUUACGAUCACGACAUUGACCUGACGCCCGGAGGCAGCGAGUCGUGGCCCAUCGACGUUCCCGAAUGCGACCUGCAAUAUGAUCCCGAGUGCGCGGGAACGGUGCAGAUGGGAUUCUCUAGGUCAGUGUACAACACAAGCACCCCAGCCACCCAGCCGCGCCAGCAGAUCAACGGUAUCACCGCCUACAUCGAUGGUAGCGUCGUCUACGGUUCCACCUACGAUAAGGCCGAAAAGAUCCGCGCCUUCCGCAAUGGCCGCCUUCUGACGCACGACAACAACAUGCUGCCCUUCGCCACUGCCACGAUGGGCGUCAGCAUGGCGGCCGACUCCGGAAAGGAGGAAGUGGUUCGGGCGGCGGGAGACUUCAGGGCAAACGUCAACCCUCCCAUCCUUGCGCUGCAGACGCUGUUCAUGAGGGAGCACAACAGACUGGCUGGAGAGAUCCAGGCAGAACAUCCUGGAUGGGAUGACGAGCAAGUGUUUCAGGAGGCAAGGAAAUGGAACGUGGCCCAGAUGCAGGCCAUCUGCUAUUACGAGUACAUGCCGUCUCUCGGCAUUCAGCUGGACGCCUACAAGGGCUACAAGUCCAAUGUCGACGCAAGUGUGGACAACUUUUUCUCCACGGUGUCGUACCGCUACGGCCACAGCGAGGUGGGCGACGUCAUCUUGCGGCUCGACGAAAACGGCAACGAGAUCCCCGACGGCCACCUGCCGUUGUUCGAGGUGUUUUUCUUCCCAACGAAAGCCCUCGCCGCAG